AUGAAACUCCUCUUAGCGCUGUCAUUGCUCCUUGUAGCGGCAAAUGUGGAAGGACAUUCUGGUCUUCCUCAUCCUCUGGCUCUUGCUUCCUCAUUCUCCCAAAUCUACCACCAACUUGACAAGAUCAACCUGGGGAAUUGCUCUCUCACAAACGUAUCACUCUCACUGAACACGACAAAGCCACCGCUCCCAGCACCAUCCACGAACUUGACUCUCAAAUACAUUGCAUUGGGCAGAGGAACACAGAACUAUACCUGCCCAUCGAAUGCUUCCACCAUCAAUCCCAAAGCUACAGGGGCUGCCGCUACACUCUUCGAUGCCUCCUGCAUUGCAUCAUCGUCCUUAGCUCUCCUCCACGAAGUCCCCGCAAUCAUCAGCGCCACUCCUCUUGAAUCUGUCGCGUUCAUGGCAGCCCUUGUAGCCCAGGGCACGAGAAGUAACAAUAUCAUUAUUGGCCAACAUUACUUCAACGCUGAUGGAGAACCUGUCUUUGACAUGGGACUGAGUGGCUCCAAUUCCUGGAUUGCUGGUGGUAAAUUAGCAGCUACUCCAGCGCCGAACUCAACGUCAGGAUCCUCCGGUGAUGUUCCGUGGCUUAAGCUAGGAUACAAGAAGGGGAACGGCAUUCAGGAAGUUUACCGAGUUGUGACAUCCCAGGGUGAUCCACCAUCUACGUGCGCUGGUCAAAAUAGAACGAUUCAAAUUGCUUAUGCCGCAGAAUAUUGGUUUUACGGGUGA